AUUAAUUUUAUAAAUUCAUAAUCAUAUAUUUCAUUUAUCCAGUGCAGCAUUAUAUCCAUGUUUAAAAAGUACAUAUUAUCCAGGUUUACACAGUACAACAUGUAUCCAGGUUUAUACAAUACGACAUUAUAUCCAGGUUUAUACAGUACAACAUUAGUUCCAGGUUUAUUCAGUACAGUACACCAUUAAAUCCAGGUCUACACAGUACAACAUUAUAUCCAAGUUUAUACAGUACAAUAUUAAAUCCAGGUCUACACAGUACAACAUUAAGUCCAGGUUUAUUCAGUACAACAUUAGAUCUAGGUUAAUACAGUACAGUGCACCAUUAAAUCCAGGUUUAUACAGUACAACAUUAGUUCCAGGUUUAUACAGUACAACAUUAUAUCCAGGUUUAUACAAUACAACAUUAUAUCCAGGUUUAUGCAGUACACCAUUAUAUCCAGGUUUAUACAGUACAGUACACCAUUAAAUCCAGGUCUACACAGUACAACAUUAUAUCCAGGUUUAUACAGUACAAUAUUAUAUCCAGGUUUAUACAGUACACCAUUAUAUCCAGGUUUAUACAGUACAACAUUAGAUCCAGGUUUAAACAGUACAGUACACCAUUAUAUCCAGGUUUAUACAGCACACCAUUUUAUCCAGGUUUAUACAGUACAAUAAUAUAUCCAGGUUUAUACAGUACACCGUUAUAUCCAAGUUCAACAUUAUCUCCAAGUACAACUUUAUAUCCGGUAGCUAUUGUCUCCCUGCAACCGGUGUUAAAUGGACGAAAUCUACGAUGCUCUAGGUCCGAAGAGAACCACGGAGAAUAAAAAGUAACCGAGGAUGAAAUCUUGAAACGGCCUCCAGUAGUUUACCUAAACCCAGAGAGAAGACAGGACGGUUCUAUAUGAAACCUGGAUUUGAAAUAAUGUUUGUUGCAACCACAUUAUAAAGUUAAAUUUAUUGUCGGACAAAAAUUGAAAUUCAAGUGUUCAUUUUAAAUAAACAUAGAUUAUGUUCAUUCGACAUUAUAAUAAUGAUUCCAAGUGAUGAUCUCUGAAAUUGCUGGAUUGUAUGAUAAGGAUUAUUAUAUCUUAUCAGGGAGCAGACAAGAAGGAUUAAUAGAGUUCACAACAAGGUUCAAAGAAAGGCCCUGUCUCCAGGUCCAAGAGGAGCCUGGGGGAGAUAAACCAAGGUUUAUCAAAUCGUCUCCUGGUGCUUGAAAGAGCUGAGCUCCGUGUCCUCCAGGCGGUUCAAAGAGCUGAGCCCCGUGUUCUCCAGGUGGUUGAAAGAACUGAGCCCCGUGUUCUCCAGGUGGUGGAUAAAUGUGGAAACCAUGCUGAUCCUUCUACUUCUCUCCAGUAUCAACCUUGCAUACGGAUACUGUCCCAGAGGAUGCAGUUGCAACAAUACCGAUCUCUGGGUGUACUGCACUCGCUUCAGUCUGGAUAUGGUUCCUAUUACACUGAAUCCUCACAUCACCUCCUUCACCAUCAUAAACUCAACAAUCUCAAACCUCACCGAAGGGUUCCAAUUUUACGAAGCUUUACUCCACUUGGAUUUCUCCUGCAACAGAAUAGAAUCCCUGGCUGAUGGAGUUUUCUCAAACCAGGAUAAACUGAGAAGACUGGAUCUCAGUUUUAACAAGAUUCAACAACUCUCCAACAGAACCCUCCUAGGUCUAGAGAACCUGGAGAACCUAAGAUUAGCUGGCAAUCAACUCUCUACCCUGGAGCAGGGUUGGCUGGAACCCUGUUCUAAUUUAGUUUAUCUUGAUCUCUCGGAUAAUAAUCUUAAACUGUUGGACGAGUCGGUUCUCUCCGGAGCAAGGAACCUGAGAUAUCUGACCUUGUCUUACAAUUACAUAAAUCAGAUAUCGGAUACAUUACACGCUCCACAACUUGACAGCUUGACCUUAGCAGGCAAUCCUCUCCAAUCAUUCUCAUUUUGCAGAGUAAGUUCUCUCUCCCAUCUCCGGAUACUGAAUAUAUCUGGGACAGGUUUGACCAAGAUUGGCUCCUGUCAGGACACUCUGAGAUCACUUGAGAUAUUGGAUAUAGCUGGUAACUAUCUUGACCUACCUCUACCCCAACUCCUAGCUCUACCAAACCUACAACAGCUCAGCGCUGGUCAGAGAAAUAUUUCCGUCUUGUCAAAAACAUCCUUUGUUGGGCUUGACACUCUCCGCAGUAUUGAGUUAUCCUACUCUCCAAUACUGACAAGGAUAGAACCCGGAGUUUUUGCCAGUCUUCACCUUCUAGAAAACAUUAUUAUAACAGGAUGCCCCGGUCUAGAGUAUCUUCCCGUAGGAUUAAUCCUAGACGGAGAAAAUCCACUAAAUAUUGAUUUGCGCGGGAACGGAAUAACCUGGAUAGAUCCCGGUAGCCUACCCUGGAACCGGGUGUUACGCCUAGAUCUUGGAGAUAAUCCUCUACAUUGUGACUGCAGGAUGGUCUGGUUAAUCCCUGUUUUACUGAAUAUCAACCAUACCGCAAUAUGUCGCUCCCCGCUUCAAUUCUCCCGGGUUUCUAUCUCAGAUCUUCAAGAGGAUGAAUUCAACUGCGUGAUACUCGGCCCUCUCCAGGUGUCUGUUGUAUCAGUUUGUCUGGUUCUGAUUUCUCUAGCUCUGGGUAUAAUUGGAUUUCUAGUUUAUAGACGGAAGAAACCUAGCGGAGUGAUUGCAGAUUUCCCUCCUCCGGGUUAUCUACAGCAUUACAAGGGUGGAUGUGAGUUAGGUUGGCCGGAUAAACCUCCGAUCUUUAAUGACGCGGAUUGGGCGUACUUAGAACCUAAAUGUUCUUGUAGAGAGUUGUAUGAAAUACCAGGCCAGGGUAAGGAAUCCAUGGAUAACUAUUAUCAGAAUAGCAGAGGAAUCAAAUCUGAUACUUUAACUAAGUAUUCUAAAUCUUCUCCUAAUCUUGAUAUCUCCAGCACAUUUAGUAGAUCUAGGCAACAUACCUUUAAACUGAAACAAGUUCAGAGUUCAUUAGAUGAUAGAACCAUAUUGGAUGAUUGGAGUAAACCGGAAUUUACCUUAGAUCGGAGUAAGCCAGGCUUAUCCUUAGAUCGGAGUAAACCAGAUUUUACAUUAGACCGGAGUAAAACCGUCCCGUCUCAUCUGAGUUCUGACUAUUUUCUUGCCCAUACAGAUGUUUGUGAGACGUCAAGAAUGGAUAAAUUUCCAAUACUAGAUGUUGACAGGACGGGUUGUAUUGGGACCCGGAUAUCAGGGUUCAAUAUCACAAAUCAUAACAGAGGAGUAGUGUCCACUGUAGACCAGGAGUAUUUAAGCCGGGUUGGAACCCAACCAAAUGUUCAAAACUACUAUUUAGACAUAGGAAACACUAACAUGGAUAGUCCAGAACGUCAGGGAACCGGAUACCAUCCAUUCGUCCGAACAAACCCACGGCUUGGACGAACCCUUCUCUCCGCUAGUUUUGAUCAUCUCAACUCUACAAUUUCUGCUCCUGGAGAAAACAAAGCUGUGUUAAAUCACAAUUCUUAGCACGUCUCACCCUGGUCGACACAAUCACACUUUCAACAGUUUAAACUUGGUUAAAUCAAACCUCAGAGAGAGAAACAUCAAGGGUUCACAUUCUCCUUCUUCUCCAAUAAACAGAACAGUGUAAACAAGAUACAGACAAACUCCAAAUCAGAGUUAAAAAGUUCACAGCAUUACAAAAAAUUCCUAUAAAAGGGAUUGUUCAUGAUUUUGGAUAAUUGAUACUUGAUGGCCAUCCUCUUUAAUUUAAGUUUAAAUGGUUAAAAGCUGAAUAAGUUGACUAUUAUAUAUUCAAAUUAUAGACUGAAAAAAAAUUUACAUAUUAUCUUAUGAAAUUAGCUAAAUUAGCGUAAUUAAGGUUAUAUACUUCUGUCAACUAUAAAAUUUUCACAAAAAGAGCAAGUCCGUGAACAGCCAUUAGAUAUUUCUAUGUAUCAGAUUCCUUUAUCAGAGUUAGAUUUUAAUAAAUCCUAUUGUUUAAAAUGUA